CUCUCUCAAAAUGGAGUUGUCGGAUUCCGUGCAGAGGGGACUCCGGUCCCUCGGCGAACCGUCAGCCGUGGACGACGCCGGCUUCCCGGUGCUGCUUGAUGUCUGUUUCCGCUCUCUGCUUUCCACUGGCCCGGACGCGGAUUUGCUGGACGGUCCUGAAUUGAAGCAGGUCGAGCGGGUUCUUCUGAAGCGAAUCCACACAGCCACCUCCACGUUCAUCCUGGAAGCGCUCCGGCAAAAUGCUGAUGAGUCAACCAUAAGUUCCUGCCUUGAGGAGCUGUCAUUCAGUUCAGAAAGAAUCCAAAUAUUCUAUAGCUGCUAUCAGAAGCACAAAAAGGAGAUGGAGCAAUUGUUAGCAAGCAUUGGAAGGCAACCAGCUCACAUUACUGACGUGUCAUGGCGCCUCCAAUAUCAAGUGAAGAACGGACAGGUCGAUAAGGUCAACGAGCCUUUCUACCUCAUAACGCUCAACACGGAGAAUAAAAGUCGCCCCGAGGAUAUUACCUUUACCUGCAACGUGGAGCAGUUGCAGGACUUGGUUGGCAAGCUGAAGGACGCAGCCAAGAGCGCAGAGAAAGCCAGUCAGAUAGGGGCGGUCCGAGUACAAGCCAUUUUGGGGACGGUGUCAGUUUCCACGGAGCGCGCGCAUACAACACGCACGCGCACACACUACCGCUGCUGCUGCUGCUUCGCUCAAGAGGAGGGGGGGCCGAGUGGGGAUUUUGGAGGCAAACUUGCGGUGGCCAAGUGCGGACGGGUUCGAGCCGACCUCACAGGACUUCGGAGCGCGGUGCCGGCGCCGCUCGGACACGCUCGCAAAGUGCACGGGCGCCCACGGAGGGCGGCGUUGGCGUCUCGCGUCUCCAGACAGCCGAGCCCGGCGUACAGCUCCCUUUUGCUCACCAUGCAUCGCACGACGAGAAUCAAGAUCACCGAGCUCAACCCUCACCUCAUGUGCGUCCUGUGCGGGGGUUACUUCAUCGACGCCACCACCAUCAUCGAAUGUCUGCACUCGUUUUGCAAAAUGUGCAUCGUCCGUUACCUGGAAACCAGCAAAUAUUGUCCUAUCUGCGACGUGCAAGUUCACAAAACCAAGCCUCUGCUCAACAUUAGGUCUGACAAAACUCUGCAGGACAUCGUGUAUAAACUGGUCCCGGGCCUGUUUAAAAAUGAGAUGAAGAGAAGAAGAGACUUUUAUGCAGAGCAUCCUGUUGAAGCUUCUAAUGGUUCCAACGAAGACCGAGGAGAGGUGGCAGAUGAGGACAAGAGAAUAAUCACAGAUGAUGAGAUCAUCAGCCUCUCCAUUGAGUUCUUUGACCCGAGUGCCAGACUGACAAGUGGACUUGGAGACAAGCAUUCGAAAAAAGAUCAGAUGGCAAACAAAAGGUACCUGCAGUGUCCUGCAGCAAUGACCAUCAUGCAUCUGAGGAAGUUCCUGCGCAGCAAAAUGGACAUCCCAAACACAUACCAGGUAGAAGUCAUGUAUGAAGAUGAACCUCUGAAAGAUUACUACACAUUAAUGGAUAUAGCGUAUAUCUACACUUGGAGAAGGACGGGUCCACUCCCGCUCCAGUACAGAGUUCGGCCGAGCUGCAAGAAAUUGAAGGUCAGCCCUUCUCAGCAACAGCAGAAGGAGGGCGUCCACCGCUCCGGUCCGGAAAGCGACUCGGCCAGCGACAAAGCUGGAAGUCCCGCGGGAGCGCCAUCCACGUCCUCCUCCCUGCCGAGCCCCGGCGGCGGCGGCGGCGGCGGCGGCGGCGAGCCGGCGCGGUCCCCGCUCCUUCCUCCUCGCGGCCCGGGCAGCAACGUCAACGGGAGCCCGGCGGCGGCUCCCCCGACCCCCGGCCGCCCUUUCGGGCAGCUCGGCAGCGGGAAGCCCCGGAAGGUGUCUCUCAACGGCUCGGCCACUUCGUCCGGAUGACACCGGAUCGGACCGGCCAACGCCAGACGCGCUCAGAUAACACCGUUACCAUGCCAACAUAGUUCCAUUGUAUAGUCCUUCUCUCUUUCUCUCCAUUCUGACGUUUUAUGGUUGUGUCAGUAGUGCAUUUCAAAAAUAAAAAGGACGUUAUGUGAAGAAUAUCAUUGUGGAAUGGAGAAAGUAAAGCAUUUACUCGUUAAGAAUGCAAGAUUUUUAUUUACAGGAACGAAAAAAGAAGUCAUUUUUAUUUUCUCCUGUGUGUGUUAUACUUUCAAUGCAUGCUCAUGAUGACACCUGUUUAAAUUCUGCCGCUUUUCGUUGUUGGCUUUAGGAGAAUUACGUUUGAUUUUUUUUUUUAGAAGCCACAUGUACAUAUAAAAAUACAGUAAGGCCUUUUUAAAUCAACGGCGAUGUUCUUCCGAGGGGGAAACAAUUCUCCGGUUCUGUCACAUUUCACGAUCGAUGACGUCACGUCUCCUGUAUUUUCCGUUUAUCUGUUAAUUCGCUCGAUUUUAUGGACAACUUAUUGUAUUGUUACUGUUGCACAGUAUAAAAACAUCUAAAUAAAAAACUUUUACACUUAU